UGAAAACUUUACAGACAGUGCCUGUGCCUAUUCUGGACUGUACGGCUUCCACCCACUGAUCGGUUCGGGUGUUGCAUAUGCUUCCCGUUUACGCUCGAGGAGGCAGUGGACCAUCUGCAAGAACGGUCUGGAUAACGACCCCCGCCCGCUAUCGCUCUCUCUUUUCCCCCCUCCCCUCCUACACGCUCCUGCCUGAGCCCGCUGUAAGGUGCAGGAGCUGUCGCCCUACUGGGAGCGAUGGCAACUGGGGGGAGCAGCACAGAGUUGGGGAGCCACGGUGCCAAAUGCAAUGGUUCAAAAACAACUCUGCCAGACCCGCUCCAACACUACAACUACGACCUGCACGUGAAAAUGAGCAAGAAGAUCGCACAAUUGACGAAGGUCAUCUAUGCUCUAAAUGCCAAAAGUGAUGAGCAUGAGGUUUCCCUACAAGCUAUUAAGGAAGCUCACCAAGAGGAAAUCCAGCAGAUCGUCACUGAAACACGAGGGAAGAUCUUGCAGUACAAAACCAGAAUGGGAGAAGAGAUGGAUUUACGGCACCAAAUUCAAUCCCUUGAAGACACCCUGCAGAAGCACAAGAAAUGCAAGGAAGAAGUAUUGGCGGACUUUGAGGUGUAUAAACAGCAGGUGGUCGAACGGGAAAAGAAUAUGGAGAGAGAACAUACAGAGAAGAUAAUGGCAUUAUCUAAGGAGAUGCUUGACAUUAAGAAGGAAUUUGAGAGCAAUCUCCAACACUUCAUGGAUGUUCAACGCCAAUUAGAACAGGAUAAACAGUCAGCAAUAACAGAGAUGGUGAAAGUAAACCAAGAGUCAGAAAACCUUCAGGAAAAAUGCAAAGCACUAAAGGUCUGUUUCGAUGAAAAGAUUAAAUUAGAAGAAAAGCACAAACUGGAUAUUCAAAAUUUGAACCAAGAGUUAGAAAUCCUAAAAUCUGAGAAAAAGAGAUUAACUACAGAUUUUGAGAAAAGGGUGAAUAAGCUGCAAGUCUCACAUCAAAAGGAAUUGGAAACUUUGAAGAAAGCAUUACAGCAAUCAGUGACUGAAACACUGAAGCAGUGGCAAAUAGACCAAAGAAAGAAUCUUCAAGCUCAAGAAGCAGCUUUACAACUAAAAUUGAAGAAAUUGGAGAGUGACAUGGAAGUCAAGUGUCAAAUGAUGAAUGAGUUCAAAAACCAAAGUCACAAAUUACAGGAAUUGCUGAAUACUGCACAGGUCAGAAUCCAGGAUUUGGAAAAACAACUUCAAAAGGCAGAGAAGAAAUUGACAACAUCAAAUGUAAAACUACAAAAGAUGGAAGAUGAAGCUGAGCACUUGAGGGAGAGACUUUCGGUGCAGGAAGCUGAAAUAGUGCAUAAAACAGAUGAGAAUAAGGCAUUAUCCAUAUCUGGACACAAUGCUCAGGCAGAGAUGGAUGACCUAAAGACCCAUCUGUCAGAGCUCAGGCAAAAGUUAGCAGAAGGCCAACUGCAGCAACAACAAGACAAUAAAGAUACUGAAGCUGAACAUGUUCAACAGCUGACACAGGUGUUUACAGUGCAUGACAAUCUGGCUGUGAAGAUCUGCAAUGAAAUAUUGAAGGAUCCAGAUUCCCCCAACAUUCGUAUUUUGGUCAAAACUCUGGGAUUGCUUGAACUGUCUACUGGAGCAUCACCUUGCACAGAGCAGUUGUGUGUUCUCCUAGAUAACAUUAAGGAAUUGAAAAACAGAGUAAAUCAGCGAGUCAUUGAAAAAAUUAUGCUACAUUUACAUGGAAGAUCAGGAGAAAAUGAGAAGAAUAGGUACAGCACUACAACAGAGAUAACAAAUGAAAAUGAUAAAGAUGAAGAUCUAUCCCAAAUCCCUGGGAGUGUCAAAAGUUCUAAACAACCAAAUAAUAAAACAGUAAAUGGUAAUGGAGGAAAAGAAAUAAACAAAACCAACAAAAAGGAUCAAGGGAAAUGUUUGUCAACGACGAAGUCUAUAACCAGAAGCAGAAGGACUAGGAGAGCAGUGCAAUCUUCUGAUGAAAGUGACAGCCAAGACUUCACAGCCACAGCACCUUCCGUAUCAGCAAGACCUUCAAGACGAGCAAAGACAGCAGCACUGGAGAAAACAAGGAUGAAUCUCUCUCGAUUAUUGAACAAAGGAGAAGAUUAGUCCAAAAAUUAUAUUUCACAUGCCAGUGCUAUUACAUUGUUUCCAAGAGACAAUAUUUUGUAAUUUAAUUUAAUGUCCCAUAAAUUGCAUACAAUACCAGUCCUGAGAGAUUAUAGUUAUUAGGACAGUGUUAAAGUGAGAUGCUCCAGGGUUAAGAAAUCUUUCUUUUUUAGCUUUGUAGCUUAAUAUGUCAGUAAUGUUUGGUGGCUUAACUAGUUUUCUUCUAUUCUGAUGCAAAUAUGUAUCCUGAAGCUGUGACCUGUAGAUGUGUAUUAAAAUAAUGAGUGCAGUAUAUCCAGUUGCAAUGUUGUACUUGUGAAGUAUGUGCUUUAACUGAUCUAGCAACAAAAAGCUAAGAAUGAUUUUGGAUGUGGUUGUUAAUGUUUAGUUUGUGGAUAUUGGUGCUGCCUGAUGUGUAUUUUUUUUAAAUGUUUCCAUAGGACACUUGUUUAAACAAUAAACAUCUAUUAUUAAUCUGA